CACAAAAAUUAAUAUUUUUUCUUUUGAGGUAAAAUUUAGAUUUGAGAAGUGAGAGAGGGAGAGUGGCCGAAUUUUGGUUGAAAAAGAAGAAGAGCGCGAGUUUUCCCUCCCUUUUCAAAACCCCUUUCGUUUCUUCCCUCUCUUAUUUUUCCAUUCAUUCAUUCAUUCAAUCACAAAAUUCUCAGUUUCAAAAUCCUAACCUUAUUCAUGGAUCUUCAACCUCCUAACCCUAACCCUAACCCUAUCCCUUUCUUUUCCUACCGAUCCCAGCCCUCUUCUCCUCAAUCGGACCAAGCCAUGCCUCAUCAAGAUUUACAACAACCUAGGUCUUCUUUCGAUUCUCAAUUGGCAGCAAUUGACGAUCUUUCUUUGGCUUCCGAUUCCCCUCUCCAAACCCUACUUUCUUCUCCUCCACCUCAUCAGCCCCAACCGAUUUCUGUUGUGGAUAGCAAGGGUUCGUGUUUGAAUGGCGGCGAUAACUUAUCUUAUGCUAGGUUUGAAGAUAAAGAAGAUCACGGAGAUGGAAAUUCCCCGGCUUCACCUUCUUAUUGUGUUGAUCCGAACCGGCAUUGGUCCUCAUUUGACGACAAUUCAUUUUAUCUUCAUAAGCCGAAACCCUCCAUGGUGGGUGCAGGACUGGUCAAUUUGGGUAACACGUGCUUUGUUAAUGCAGUUCUGCAAUGCUUUACGCAUACUGUGCCACUGAUAAAGGGGCUUCGUUCUUGUAAACAUGAAUUGCUCUGUAGAAGUGGGUAUAGAGAGUUCUGUGUUGCUUGUUCUAUGUACGAUCACAUUCAACUUUCUAUAGAUUCUUCGGGAGGCUGUAUUUCUCCGUGGAAGUUUGUUGAUAAUUUGAACUACUUCUCUGCUUCUUUCAUGAGAUAUAACCAGGAAGAUGCCCAUGAGUUUUUGCAGUGCUUCUUAGAUAAACUUGAGAUGUGCUUUUUGACUCCCAAAACAGGGGAAAUAAGUUUGAAUCCUCCCGUUGAUAACCUUGUGCAGAAGGUUUUUGGUGGCCGUCUUAUAAGUAGACUUCAGUGCUGCAACUGUGGUCACUGUUCAAACAAUUUUGAACCUCUGAUUGAUUUGAGUCUGGAGAUUGAAAAUGUGGAUAGCCUUCCUAGUGCUUUGGAGUCUUUCACUAGUGAAGAAAAGAUUGGAGAUUCUGAUAGUAAGUUCACUUGUGAACAUUGCAAGGAAGAGGUUGCAGUGGUGAAACAGCUUAUGUUAGAUCAGGUCCCAUCAGUUGCUGUGUUCCAUUUGAAAAGAUUUAAGAAUGAUGGGUCUUAUGUUGAGAAGAUUGAUAAACAUGUGAAUUUCCCUUUGGAGUUGGACUUGCAGUCCUACACCACUGGUGCAAGUAGUGAUGAUGAUGAGUUGAUGUAUGAUCUUUAUGGAAUCGUUGUCCAUGUUGGGUUAUCAUCUAUGUUUGGCCAUUACUUCAGCUUUGUUCGGUCUGCUCCUGACACUUGGCACAGGUUGGAUGACUCAAAGGUUACUAGGGUCGAAGAAGAAUUUGUUCUAUCUCAGGAUGCAUACAUUCUUUUCUAUGCAAGGCGUGGUACCCCCUGGUUUUCAAGUUUAAUAGAUGCAGAAAUGAAUUGCUUGGACCCGGCCAUUUUAUCUACAUCACCUCAGUCGGUUCUAGAUGCUGCUGAGAAUACUUGUCCACUUCCAAAUUCAGCGUAUAUCUAUGAUGCUUCGGUUGCACUUGAUGCUGUUAGUCUCCUCCCAAAUCUAUCUUUUGUUGAUGAAACUUGCGUUGGUAAGCCUAUUGGAAAAAAUGAUUCUCAGGGUGUUGAAUCCAGUGAAGUAAAAGUUAAUGAACCUAUUAGAGAAAAUGAUUGUGAGGGAGCUGGGAUCAGUGAAGUUAAAGCUAGUGAUGUGAAUUGUAAUGCUACAACUAUUAGAGAAAAUGGUUGCCAAGGAGUUGAAUCUGGUGAGGUAAAAACUAGUGGACAUGAAAUUUUCCAUCCUCUUACACCGCCAAGAUCACCAAGUCCAGAAUUGUUUGCUCUUAAGACUCCAGUAUCUUUAGGAUCAGGUUUUCAAAUUCCCCGUGGCCAUCUGAAAUCUGAGGAGCGAACUACUUUACGUAAAAGAUUGUCAAACAAGGUGCCUGAUGAUUCAAAGACUAAGGAGGCAAUAAGAUUCAUUUCGAAGAGCAUGCCUAGCUCGAGGGCCGGCAAACUUAUGGAAGCCAUGUAUAGGCCUCAAAGUGCUGCAGGUGCUUCAAGGAAGAAGAAACGAUUGGAUUCACCGUGUAAAAGGGCUGGCUCUUCUAAUGUUAGACAUAAAUCAAGCCAUGGAUCGGUAGUCCAUCCGGUGGCUGCAGUUCUACGUUGACUGUUUCUGAGGAUUUUCUUAGAGAUGGGUUAUAUUUUUGGCCUUAAAUGUUGUUUACCGAAGUGUGUUUUGUUCAUAUAGUAAGGCUUCGAAUCUUUAAAAUAGAAACUAAGAGACGGUUUGUGUUGUCUUUUAUUCAAUUGCAACGACGUACGUGGUUGGUGGUGUAACCUAGUUUGUAGAAUCCGACAACCAUUUUAUAGACCAAUAAUAUUUCACAAGUGUAAAGUACUUUGAUUGUGGUGUAGUACUGUACUAUCUUGGCUUUAAAA